AGGACACUCACAAAGUUGAGAAACUCACUCUCUUCAAAACCCACUCAGAACCUCCACCUCUCACACCAUGGUCAACUCCUAUUGUGGCUCUGUCUGCUCUGAGCAGGGCUGUGAUCAAAGUCCCUGCCAGGAGAGCUGCUGCCAGCCCAGCUGCUGCCAGACCACCUGUUGCCAGACUACCUGCUGCCGCCCAGUGUGCUGCCAGACCACCUGCCGCCCCAGCUGUGGAGUGUCCAGCUGCUGCCGCCCAGUCUGCUGCCAGACCACCUGCCGCCCCAGCUGUGGAGUGUCCAGCUGCUGCCGUCCAGUGUGCUGCCAGACCACCUGCCGCCCCAGCUGUGGAGUGUCCAGCUGCUGCCGCCCAGUCUGCUGCCAGACCACCUGCCGCCCCAGCUGUGGAGUGUCCAGCUGCUGCCGCCCAGUGUGCUGCCAGACCACCUGCCGCCCCAGCUGUGGAGUGUCCAGCUGCUGCCGUCCAGUGUGCUGCCAGACCACCUGCCGCCCCAGCUGUGGAGUGUCCAGCUGCUGCCGCCCAGUGUGCUGCCAGACCACCUGCCGCCCCAGCUGUGGAGUGUCCAGCUGCUGCCGCCCAGUCUGCUGCCAGACUACUUGUUGUGGUACAACUUGCUGUCGCCCCUCUUGUUGAAUUUCCUGUCUGACUACCAAUCUUGAGGCAGCCAUAAUCACAGGGAGCUGAACUUCUCAUCCAUAUAUUAAAGGAUUCCUACCUUGAAUGUCCUGACAACAGUAAGAAACUGGCAGAGGAGAGUCCUACAUUAAGUACCACCCAUAUUUCCCAAGGAUCUCCUCUCUUCAUGCACGUCUCAGAUGCAUGGUACAGCGAGACAUAUCCCUUAACUCUCUAUCUUUCUUAGACUUCACCAUUCCAUGUUAAUUAUUCUUCAAUAAAUAUUUCCUUGCAAUAAAAAUA